ACAGUAUUUUGAAACCCUAAGAAGGUGAAGAUAGAGAGAUAAGAGUGAUAAAAGAGCGAGUGAGAGAUAGAAUGUUAACGACGACGAGAAGAACAAUCGGUGGAAUUCCAAGUUCGGUGGCGUCACUGAGCAAGAGGCGGGUAUUAGGAUUAGCUUUAGCUCCAAAAUUCAUACAAGUAGUAUGUUGUUCAUCUUCAGCAGCAGAAAAUUCCAGAAAGCUGAUUCUUUAUUCAAAACCGGGCUGCUGUUUGUGUAAUGGCCUCAAAGAGAAAUUGUUGGCCGCCUUUUCUCUCUCCUCACCCACAGAUCCCCUCCACAAUGUCGACUUACAGAUAAGAGAUAUUACCACUAAUCCAGAGUGGGAGAGGGCUUACCAGUACGAGAUUCCUGUUUUGGCUAAGCUACAAACUGAUGGUACCGAGGAAACACUACCUAGAUUAUCUCCCCGACUUGGUGUUGAGGCCAUUCAACGGAAAAUAGGAGAAGCAUUUAGGCAGUAACAAUGUUCUGGAUGCUUGGCAUUUUGAUGCUUUUAAAACACCAGUUAUCUAUUUAAGCCCAACUUGCAUGCUAUUCUUCCCUUUGAACAGAUCUUUGUGUGCAUUUUUCUAUUUUAUCUGUGGUAUAUGAAGACUGUUACAGUUUUGUUGUUGAGUGUUGCAGUUUUUAUUUUAUUUAUUUAUUUUUUUUUAUUUUUUUUGGGGGGGGGGGUAUAAUUUUUAUGCAGUUUGGUCUGCUUUACAGCUUGCUUUGUUGCUCGGUAUAUGCUCAUCACUUUGAUUUAGCCAUCUAGAGCAUUUUAACACAAAAUGUUAUGGGCACUUUAUACUAACUUUUGCACUAAAUGGAUUCACGGCAUAGUGUUGGAGAUGAAUAUUAGAGUGUUGAUGUACUUUCUGCCUAGUCAUUAUUUGCUACCUUAGUAGUAACUUUGGAACAUGGUAGGUAGGUUUUUUGCAUUAUAAACUGCAGAUGAGAUAUUUUGCACUGCUAUGUAUUUUUUAGCAGAGGUAUACUAAUAAGUCAGGUAUGCAUGCAGUGCAGUGGGACCUCACGGCAGAAAAAGCUAGCAGUUAGUGAUAGAGCAACAUUGUUUCUUUGGCCCGAAUCUUGAAAUUCCUUAGAAAUGAUGCAAAAUAGAUCUUGUUCUAUCCUUGACGAAAGGAAGGAGCCCUUGAUUUGCAACACAUAGAGGAGGAUUUAUUUAAUCGUAUAUUUUGAAUUCCUGUGGCUUUCUAUUUGAUUGUAUCGAAAGGCCCAAUGAAUUUUAAUACACCCCUUCAUGAUGCUUGGAUUAGGGAAAAGAUCUAGCAACAAAAUGGUAUAUGAUAUUGCACUCUACACGAUGAGGAACCUGCAAGGGACCUGCUGGAUUGUGGUAGGCGUAGUGCAUGGGUUACAUAUCCAUUAUUUUACCUAAUGGAUGUCCACAAUGAUAUAUAUUUGUUUUUUCUUUUUUUCUUUUUUUUGGGGGGGGGGGGGGGUGAGGUGGUGUAAGAGAGUGGAUAAGUUGUUGCAUUGUCUUCAUAUUAGUUUUCUAUUAUUUGUUCCUCCUAUUUCAUUCCAUUAAUUAGCAGUUCUAUUGUCUUUGUAAGUGUUUUUAUUUUUUUUCAAAAAAAUUUACUUCGUAUUUGUUCCUCCGAUUUCACUUCAUUGAGUAAGAAGGGAGAGAGCAAGUAUGCACUGUAGAGAAAGCGAGAGAAGAAAGCACUGGUGAAGGAUUUUGCAUUAAUAACUCAACUUUGGGAAUUUGGCUUCGGCAACGUAAGGUGAAUGGUGAUCAAAAGACACGUCUUAGGAAAUGGUGAGGAUUCAAGCUUGAUAAUGCUUAAAUUAUGGUAUAAUUUUGGGGGAUGGUGAAAGUUUUCUUAUGGGUUAUCUAGUAGGGAAUUUAAAGGCAUUAAUGAUAUAGUUUAGAUCAAGUAUUGGUAUACACUUAUACCAGUUUGGUAAAAAUAUUAUGGGUGUGGCACACAAAUUUUAGGGUUUUGUGGCAUAUAUCAUCUCUGGAACAUGGUUUGAGGAAGAUUGCGUUUCUAGGUGAAGAUGGGAAUUUUCACUAUUGAGGAGGAUCUAUAAAAUUCAUGAGAUCAACAAAUCUGAGUUUAUUAACGAGUGCUAAAAUUUAGUCAAAUGUUGUAUCCAGCUCACCCCCUCAUCCCAAAGUCAGCAGCCUAGCUCACCUCAAUACAAACAACCCAGUGCCUUAAACAAAACCCUAGCUAUUGACAAGAGAGAAGUUAACUACCUAAGGAAGUCAACUCAGGGAAUUUGUUCACCUUAUAUUAUCACCCCCACUUUGAUUAGUCAAGAUAAACUUAUUACCCAGAACUUUUGGUUCAAUUUUAUUUUCAUCAAAGUCCUCGUGUCCACUGCCUAGUUCUGUACAACCUCCAUCCUUACCCUGAGCUUCUACCCAACAAGCAUGCUCUGCUUCAUACCCAUUUACCGUGGAGAACUAACGUCUUAUGAAUAAACAUCACCUCCCAGAUUAGAUGAUUUUUCAAUUAGAUCAAUUGUGGCUACAAAUUGUGAUGAGGGUUCUAAGAGUAAUUAUUAACUGUAGGUUACGAGUAAGAAAAAGGAGAAGAGUGACUAAAAGAUAGAUGAGGAUUGAGGAUGAAGCAGGUGAUGAAAAAUUGGUGCAUAAAAAGAAGUUGGCCCUAUGAAACUUUGAAUCAAGGAGCAUAAUUGAGUUCAAUGAACUGAUUAAAAAUAGAAGACCUCCAAGAAAAUGAUGAAGGCUCUGAAUAAGGAGCUGCUAUCACAUUUAUCUCAGAGAAAAACACAUAAAAGAUUUGCAUCAAGCUAAUGCUUCACAGACCACUUCUGCUACCCUUUCCAAGUGCAUCAUGCAGUGUAGGAGCUUUCAAAGUUGGAUUUCUUGUUAGGUUGUAUUUGUGUUGAUGAAAAGUUUUGCAGUUACUCACAUGAUGAGAGUCCAAUGCUAAAGGAGGUUAAGAUUUUUGAGAAGCCUGUUGUCACAAUGCUAAUUGCUAGUUUUUAUGUAAAUGCUCCCCGCCUAUGGGCCUAGAGGCAACUAGGCAAUAAAUAAUUGCAGCAUAUGAUAAGAAAGGCACAAUUGCUGUAGAUGGAAUGGGAAGUAAUCCUAGUUUGGGUUUGUAGAACCUAGGAUCGAGUAGAUCCCGUGUGCUCAUGCAAUCAUGCUACAAGUGCCAUAUUGUGUAUAAGGACUAAAAAUAAGGAACCUGAGUUUUUGGUUUAGUUGGUUGAAUGAACUGAAGCUGAAAAUUGUUGCUAGUUGCAAACAAGGCCAGUGAAGACUUGUUGAGAUCGUGAAGAAGAGAGGCCAAUCCUAAUUAAAGCUGGGCACUGCUGCACUGGUCAAAGAAAUCUUGCCAGCUAAAUUGUGCAUGGGAAUGAUGAAAGAUAUCCCAACCACACAGUCAAGUUUCCAGCCCAGGUAAAGAAAUGUGAAGGGAAUAUGAAUUUUGGAGAAAAUAUAUAACUGAAAGAGAAUUGCUAGGAGCAAAACAGGAACUACAGUAGGUCAUGGUUAGGAUAAUGUAAGUGGAGAAGGAUCUAGGUAAACAAUGUGUAUGAUGCUCAAUUCUUGUACAUUUAGAGGACCUGUGGCUGUAAGCUACUUCAAUUUUGAAGCAUCUAAUAUCAUUUCCAAUUUAUAUACUCUCAAACACCUUAGAUCUGUGGCUGUAAGCCACUUCAAAGACCUGGUGGACUGGACAAUAUAUGCGCUGUUUUAAUUCUUACUCUUCACUGAUUGAAAGUAGUAUUUAUUUCCCA